GAUGGGCACCUAGGUUGUUUCCAUCUUUUUGUUAUUGUUAACAAUGGUGCAGUGAACAUGGUUGUGCAUGUAUCUAUUUAUAUGAUGGCUCUUAUUUCUCUAGGAUGUAUUCCAACAAGUGGGAUUGCUGGAUCUUAUGGUACUAUAGGGUCGCCAUGAGUCAGUAUUGACUCAACGGCACUGGUUUUUUUUUUUUUAAUGGUACUUCUAUUUCUAGCCUGUUAAGGAAGCGCCAAAUUGGUUUCCAAAGUGGUUGUACCAUUUUACAUCCCCACCAGCAGUGUAUAAGUGUUCCAGUCUCUCCACAACCUCUCCAACAUUUAUUAUUUUGUGUUUUUUGGAUUAAUGCUAGCCUUGUUGGGGUGAGAUGGUAUCUCAUUGUAGUUUUGAUUUGCAUUUCUGUAAUGGCUAAUGAUGGUGAGGAUUUCCUCACGUAUCUCUUAGCCGCCUGAAUGUCUUCUUUAGUGAAGUGCCUGUUCAUGUUCUUUGCCCAUUUUUGAAUUGGGUUGUCUUUUUGUUGUUGAGGUUUUGCAGUAUCUUGUAGAUUUUACAGAUUAGACCCUGAUCAGAUAUGUCAUUGUCAAAAUUUUUUUUGCAGUCUGUAGGCUGUGUUUUUACUCUUUUGAUGGAGUCUUUGGAUGAGCAUAAGUGUUUGAUUUUUAGGAGCUCCCAGUUAUCUGGUUUCUCUUCUGGUGUUUGUGUAUUGUUAGUUAUGUUUUAUAUUCUAUUUCUGCCAUGUAUUAGGGCUCUUAGCAUUGUCCCUAUUUUUUCUUCCAUAAUCUUUAUUGUUUUUGAUUUUGUAUUUAGGACUUUGAUCCAUUUUGAGUUAGUUUUUGUACAUGGUAUGAGGUAUCGACUUGUUUCAUUUCUCUGCAGGUGGAUAUCCAGUUAUGUCAGCACCAUUUGUUAAAGAGACUGUCUUCUCCCCAGUGAAUGGCCUUUGGGCCUUUGUCAAAUAUCAGCUGCUCAUAGGUGGACGAAUUGAUGUCUGGAUUCUCAAUUCUGUUCCAUUGGUCUAUGUACCCAUUGUUGUACCAGUACCAGGAUGUUUUAACUACCAUGGUGGUAUAAUAGGUUCUAAAAUCAGGUAGUGUGAAGCUUCCCACUUUGUUCUCCUUCAGUAAUGCUUUACUUAUCUGGGGCCUCUUCCCUUUCCAUAUGAAGUUGGUGAUUUGCUUCUCCAUCUCAUUAAAAAGUGUUGUUGAAAUUUGGAUCCAGAUUGCACUGUAUCUGUAGAUCCCUUUGCACAGAAUAGACAUUUUCACAAUGUUAAGUCUUCCUAUCCAUGAGCAAGGCAUGUUCUUCUACUUAUGUAGGUCUCUUUUGGUUUCUUGUAGUAGUGUCUUGUAGUUUUCUUUGUAUAGGUCUUUUACGUCUCUGGUUAGAUUUAUUCCUAAAUAUUUUAUCUUCUUGGGGCUAUUGUAAAAGAUAUUGAUUUGAUCAUUUCGUCUUCUGUGUUCUCUUUGUUGGUGUAGAGAAAUCUAACUGAUUUUUGUAUAUUUAUCUUGUAUCCUGAUGCUUUGACGAAAUCUCCUAUUAGUUCCCAUAGUUUUCUUGUGGAUUCUUUAGGGUUUUCUAUGUAUAAGAUCAUAUCAUCUACAAAUAAAGAUACUUUUACUUUUCCUUACCAAUUUGGAUGCUCUUUAUUUCUAUUUCUUGCCUAAUUACUCUGGCUGGGACCUCCAGCACAGUGUUGAAUAAGAGUAGUGAUAAAGGGCAUCCUUGCCUGAUUUCCAUUUUUGAAUGGGAAUGCUUUCAGACUCUCUCGAUUUAGGAUGAUGUUGGCUGUUGGCCUUGUAUAAAUACCCCUUAUUGUGCUGAGGAAAUUCCAUUCUAUUCCUAUUUUGCUGAGAGUUUUUAUCAUAAUCGGUGUUGGACUUUGUCAAAUGCCUUUUCUGCAUCAAUUGAUAAAAUCAUGUGGUUCUUAUCUUUUGUUUUAUUUAUGUGACGGAUUACAUUGAUUGUUUUUCUAAUGUUGAACAAUCCCUGCAUACCUGGUAAGAAUCUCACUUUUGAUAUGUUGUUGAAUUCUAUUGGUUAGAGUUUUGUUGAAGAUUUUUGCAUCUGUGUUCAUGAGGAUAUUAGUUUGUAGUUUUCUUUUUCUAUGGUGUCUUUACCUGACUUUGAUAUCAGGGUUAUGCUGGCUUCAUAGAAAGAGUUUGAGAGUAUUCCAUUCUCUGAAAUGACUUUAGGAAUAGUGGUGUUAACCGUUCUCUGAAAGUUUGGUAGAAUUCACCAGUGAAGCCGUCAGGGCCAGGGCUUUUUUUUUAUUGGGAGUUUUUUUAAUUACCUCUUCAAUUGCUUCUUCGUUAUAGGUUUAUUUAGCUGUUUUACCUCUGUUUGUGUUAGUUUAGGUAGGUAGUGUGUUUCUAGAAAUUUGUCCAUUUCCUUUAGGCUUUCAAAUUUGUCGAAGUAUAAUUUUUCAUAAUAUUCUGUUAUGAUUCUUUUAAUUUCAGUUUGGUCUGUUGUGAUAUCGUCCAUCUCAUUUCUUAUUCGGGUUAUUUGCUGCUUCCCCUGUUUUUCUUUUGUCAGUAUGGCUAGUGGUUUAUCGAUUUUGUUGAUGUUUUCAAAGAACUAGCUUUUGGUCUUGUUAACUCAUUCAGUAGUUUUUUACAUUUCAUUUAAUUCUGCUUUAGUUUUUAUUAUUUCCUUUCUUCUGGUCUCCAUGGGCUUCUUUUGCUGGUCUCUCAAUAUUUGUUCGAGUUGUAGGGUUGGUGUUUUUAUUUUGGCCCUUACUUCUUUUUGGGUGUGUGCAUUUAUCGUUGUAAAUUGACCUCUGAGCUCUGCUUUUGCUGUGUCCCAAAGGUUCUGGUAGGAUGUGUUUUCAUUCUUCUUUGAUUCUGUGGAUUUUUUAAUUCUGUCCUUGAUUUCUUCUAUAACCCAGUAGUUUUUCAACAAGGUGUUGUUCAGCUUCCAUUUAUUUGAUCUUUUUUUUCCUGUUAUUGAUUUCUACUUUUAUGGCUUUAUGGUCAUAAUAGAUGCUUUGUAAUAUUUUGAUGUUUUGGAUUCUGUUAAGGCUUGCUUUGUGUCCUAAAAUGUGGUCUAUUCUGGAGAAUGUUCCAUGUACAUUAGAAAAGAAAGUAUACCUGGCUGCUAUUGGGUAGAGUGUUCUGUAUGUGUCUAGGAGAUCAAGUUGGUUGAUUGUGGCAUGAUGUAGAUCUUCUGUGUCUUUAUUGAGCUUCUUUUUGGAUGUUCUGUCCUUCACUGAAAGUGGCGCAUAGAAGUCUCCUACUGUUAUUGUGGAGCGUCUAUUUCUCUUUUCAAUGCUGUUAGUGUUUGUUUUGUAGCCCUGUCGUUGGACGUGUAAAUAUUUAUUAUGGUUAUAUCCUCCUGGGUGUAUUGACUCUUUAAUUAUUAUAAAGUGCCCUUCCAUAUCCUUUGUGGUGGAUUUUGCUUUACAGUCUAUUUCGUCAGAGAUUAAUAUUGCCACUCCUUCUCUUUUUUGACUGUUGUUUGCUUGAUACAUUUUUUCCAUCCUUUUAGUUUUAGUUUGUUUGUGUCUUUGACUCUAAGGUGUGUCUCUUAUAGGCAGCAUGUAGACGGAUUGUGUUUUUUUUUUUUAAUCCAUUCUGCUGCUCUCUGUCUCUUUAUUCGUGCAAUUUACUCCAUUUACAUUCAGCAUGAUUAUUGAUAGAUACGAGUUUAGUGGUGUCAUUUUCAUGUCUUUUUGUGUGUGUUGUUGACAGUUUCUUUGUUCCAGUUAAUUUUUUGUGCUGAGUUGUUUUUCUUUAUGCAUUUCCUUUCAUCUUUUUCAGUGUUGUUGGGCAUUUUGUAUUUGCUGAGUCUUUGUUUUUCUUCUUCUUUACUUUGAUGUAUAGGAUUGUAAGUUUCCUUUUUGGUUACCUUAAUAUUUGUCUCUAUUUUUCAAUUUUAAACCAGUCUUUUCUUUCUUUCUUGAUAUCUCCUUGACUUCCUCUCUGUAUGAAAGUUGUAUGACUACAUUAUUUACUCCUAUUUUGUUUUAAUGUUGUCAUAGUUCACCUGUUGAGUUCUCUGUUUCCCUAUAGUCAGUGUUUUAGCUUUGAUUUAUUUUCGUGACUUCCCUAUCUGGGUUGAUACCUGGUUGUUCUGUCCUAUGUUCUAGUCUUGGGUUGUUAUCUGAUGUUAUUGAUUUUCUAACCAGAGGACUCCCUUUAGUAUUUUUUUUGUAAUUUUGGGGUUUACUUUUUAUAAAUUCCCUUAACUUCUGUUUAUCUGGAAAUGCCCUAAUUUCGCUAUCAUAUUUGAGAGAGAAUUUUGCUUUAUAUAUAAUUCUUGGCUGGCAAUUUCUUUCCUUUAAGGCUUUUUAUAUGUCAUCCCAUUGUCUUCUUGCCUGCAUGGUUUCUACUGAGUAGUCAGAGCUUAGUCUUACUGACUCUCCUUUGUAGGUGACUUUUCGUUUAUCCCUAGCUGCUCUUAAAAUUCUCUAUCUUUGGUUUUGGCAAGUUUGAUUAUAAUAUGUCUUGUGACUUUCUUUUGGGGUCUACCCUGUGUGGGGUUCGAUAAGCUUCUUGGAUAGAUAUCUUCUCAUCUUUCACGAUAUCAGGGAAGUUUUCUGCCAACAAAUCUUCAACAAUUCUCUCUGUAUUUUCUUUUAUCCCCCCUGUUCUGGUACUCCAAUCAGUCACAGGUUAUUCCUCUUGAUAGAGUUCCACAUAAUUCUUAGACUUUCUUCAUUUUUUAAAAAUUCUUUUAUCUGAUUUUCUCUUAAAUAAAUUGGUGUGAAGUGCUUUAUCUUCAGUAUCACUAAUUCUGACUUCCAUUGCCUCAAUUCUGCUCCUAUGACUUUUUAUUGAGUUGUCUUAUUGUGAAAUUUUAUUGUUAAUCUUUUGGAUUUCUGUUUGCUGUCUCUGUAUGGAUUCUUGCAGCCUGUUAAAUUUGUUGUUAUGCUUUUGUAUAAUCUUCUUAAGUUCCUCUGUUGCUUUGUCUGUGUGUUCCUUGGCUUGGUCUGCUUUUUCCCUGAUCUCCUUCCUGGUCUCUUGAAAAGCUCUGUAUAUUAAUCUGUUGAAUUCUGCCUCUGGUAAUUCCAAGACUUUAUCUUCCUCCAGGAGGUUUUAUAGUUCUUUGUUUUGGUAGCUUGCUGAAGCCGUCAUGGUCUGCCUCUUUAUUUGAUUUGAUAUUGACUGUUGUCUCUGAGCCAUCAAUAAGUUAUUAUAUUUAUUUACUUUAUAUUUGCUUUCUGUGUCCCACCCUCUUGUUUUGAUAUGCCCAAAUAAGCUGAUCAUGUGAGUUACUUUGAUUAUUUGCAUCUUUGAAGCUUCCACAUCCUGUCACCAGUUGGUUAGAGCUGUUAUGGUAUGUGAGCCCAGGAAUCCAUUUACUUUUCUUGUGUGGAUUCAGCUCAGGUGUCCAGGUCAUUGGUCACCAAGUGUGCGGUGCAGGCUCUCACCUAUAGUCCUAGACAAACAGGGCUAUGUAGUGGUGAUUGGAGUAGGCACCAGUUUCUGGCUGCAGUAGGUAGGGAGCUGAUGGCUGUCCCUGCGUGCUUGGGUGGAAGGUGUGUCCUUGUCCAUGGAGCAUGCAGGUGGGUGGAUUUUGCAGCUGGACUUUGGGCAGCCAAUGCUGUUGGCUGUAAGGACUGGGAGGUACCACUUAUUCUUGGACCCCUGUUGCGUUUGGCUCAGUGGAGUAGAUGGAGCCACCAGUCCUCAGGCCCCUGACGUGGGUACGUGAGGACCCUGCUUAGUGGGCAGGGCAAUGUCAAAUGUCAUGAAUCUGCCACUCCUCCUUAGCUCUUGCAGUUGAAAAUAGCCUUCGGGUAUAUACCCUGUUGUACUGUGCUGAUGAAGGCCUAUGCUUUUGAAAUGGGCCACACAGGUCUAGGCAGGGGUGAAAGGCAUUCAAAGUCUGUAGACCCCUAAUGCCUUCCCUGGGCAAAGGGGAGGUACCUGCCCAGAGUUCCUGGCUUAGGGGGGCUGGCAGAUUGUUUUUUCCUGUUUGUUAAUUUUUUCUUCUCCAAAGCUGGGAGAAUGGCUCGGAGUACACAACUGGUCCCACUUCCAGCCCAGGGGCACAACAAGGGCUGAAGCAAGACAGGACUAGAGCAGAGCAGGGAGGGGACAGAAAAUGGGAGGAGAGAAGUACUUCCCAGAGCGGGGAAGGGUAUUUUUGAUCCCGUGCUGUAGGUUACAGGCUUGCACUUAACUUCCACAGAUUCAGCUCUGCUUCUCCCUGGUUCCGGAGGCUCGACCAGACUGUCUGCCACUUGGUUUCUCCCAGAUGUGGAAAACAUAUCCUGAGUGCUACUGCUUGCCUCAGCCCACAUGUGCCAGCUGAUCUAGCCUGCAAGGUGCUGUCCAGGUGGCGUCUUUGGACUUUGUUAAAGACGAUGGUAAUCAGAUCUACUUGAAAAAUUAAGCAAAUUGAUUUGGUUGGAAUACUCUUUUACCAAUUCUUUAACGUUCAGCCGCUAGGGGAAGUGGUAUGAUGUGUGUUCUCCACAGGAAAUGGAAAACGACAGCUGAGCCGGCUGUGCGCACAGAUUCCCAGACGUUGUGCAUGCGUUCCUGUGGGGAGAAUUGGCAUCUUGGAAAGCAAAGACGGUUGCGAUGCAGAUUUUUGAUAUGAGGAUAAAAGGGAACAUCAAGACAAUCAUGCCCGUGAGAACUCUAAAUCGUUCAGGUCAUUGCAUCUUAGCGAGCUUGGCAAUCAAACUUUGCUCUAGUUGAUGGGCAAAAUUUCUCCUAGACUAUUUAUCACCCCAAUUUCAUCCUAGUCAAAAAUAUUCAGAUGCCAUAAGAAAUCUUUAUAGAUUUGCACUGGGCUUUCAGAUGGAUACUUCCAUAAUGGAGAGAACUAUGUUGUAGCCCUGGUCCAAGGACAUUAUCAUCUAAUGCCCAUAUAGGCUGUGGUGUGGGUGUGGAAGGUUCCAAAGAGAAAGAGCAAUCAACAAGUUUGCAGACACCCUGGAACAUGGAAGCAACCAAGCUUUAAUAAAGCACAGCUUUGGAUACACUCCAUGAGUCUGUACGGCUUUCACGUGAACUAGCACUUAAGACCUUGUGUAACAAAAUGGACACUGGGGACACAGCUAUAGGACAAAAAGCUACCUCAAGGUCUGGAGAAACUGAUACAGCAUCAGGUAGAUGGAGACAGGAGCAAUCAGCUGUCGUUAAGAUGAGCACUUUUGGCAGUCAGGAAGGACAUCGGCAACCACAAAUAGAUCCUGAGCAAAUCGGAAACACGGCAUCAGCACAACUCUUUGGUUCUGGGAAACUGGCACCACCCAGUGAAGUGGCCCAGCAAGUCCCAGAGAAGCAAUACCCGCCGCACCGUCCGAGUCCUUAUUCAUGCCAACACUCACUCUCUUUUCCUCAGCACUCAUUGCCACAGGGGGUCAUGCAUAGCAACAAGCCCCAUCAGAGCCUAGAAGGCCCUCCAUGGCUUUUUCCUGGCCAUUUGCAAUCUGUUGCUUCCGAUGACUUAUUUCCUUUUCCUCUACAUGGCCACAGUGGUGGUUAUCCUAGAAAAAAGAUUUCAAGUUUGAACCCUGCUUAUAGCCAAUACACCCAGAAAAGUAUCGACCAGUCUGAAGAUGCUCACAAGAAAGAGCACAAACCCAAAAAGCCCGGCAAGUACAUUUGCCCUUACUGCAGCAGGGCGUGUGCCAAACCAAGUGUACUGAAAAAGCAUAUCAGGUCCCAUACUGGGGAGCGGCCAUAUCCAUGUAUACCUUGUGGUUUCUCUUUCAAGACAAAAAGCAAUUUGUACAAGCACAGGAAGUCCCACGCUCAUGCAAUUAAGGCAGGAUUAGUACCUUUCACAGAGUCAGCUGUAUCUAAAUUGGACCUAGAGGCUGGUUUUAUUGAUGUAGAAGCAGAAAUACAUUCGGAUGGUGAACAGAGUACAGACACAGAUGAGGAGAGUUCAUUAUUUGCUGAGGCUUCUGACAAAAUGAGCCCUGGCCCUCCAAUCCCAUUGGACAUUGCUGGCAGAGGCAGCUAUCAUGGGUCAUUGGAAGAGUCAUUGGGAGGUCCGAUGAAGGUGCCGAUUCUGAUUAUCCCCAAAAGUGGGAUUCCAUUGCCUAGUGAAAGCUCUCAGUAUAUUGGCUCUGAUAUGCUAGCAAAUCCGUCUUUAAAUGCUAAAGCUGAUGACUCUCACACAGUUAAACAGAAACUUGCACUAAGACUGUCAGAGAAAAAAGGACAAGACUCUGAGCCAUCUCUAAAUCUCCUGAGCCCGCACAGUAAAGGAAGCACUGAUUCUGGUUACUUUUCUCGCUCAGAAAGUGCAGAGCAGCAAAUAAGCCCUCCAAACACAAAUGCAAAGUCUUAUGAAGAAAUCAUCUUUGGAAAGUAUGGUCGGAUUAGUCCGAGAAAUGCACUCAGUGUUACAACCACAAGUCAGGAGCGCACCACAAUGGGUAGGAAGGGCAUAAUGGAAUCAUUACCUCACGUAAACACCAGGUUAGAUGUCAAGAUGUUUGAAGAUCCUGUAUCACAGCUGAUCCCAGGCAAAGGAGACAUUGACCCCAGUCAAACAGGCAUGCUGAAAUCCUCUAAAUUCAAUAGUGAGUCCAGACAAUCCCAGCCGAUUGUAUCAUCUAUCAGGAAUGAAGGAAAACUUUAUUCAGCAAAUUUCCAAGGCAGCAACCCAAUCCUCUUAGAAGCUCCUGUAGACUCUUUACCCCUUAUUAGAAGCAACUCAAUGCCAACUUCUUCAGCAACUAAUUUAAGUAUCCCCCCUUCUUUGAGAGGAAGCCACUCAUUUGAUGAAAGGAUGACUGGUUCAGAUGAUGUGUUCUAUCCAGGGACAGUAGGAAUACCCCCUCAGCGCACGUUAAGACGGCAAGCAGCAUUUGAGCUGCCUUCUGUACAGGAGGGGCACAUGGAGGUAGAGCAUCAUGGCAGGAUGUCCAAAGGUAUCACAGGUUCAUCGUUGAAGGAAAAGAAGUUGAUUCCUGGGGAGAGGGUUGGGUAUGACUAUGAUGUAUGUCGGAAACCCUAUAAGAAGUGGGAAGACUCUGAAACACCAAAGCAAAGCCACAGGGAUAUUUCCUGCUUAAGUUCUUUAAAACAUGGUGGAGAAUAUUUUAUGGAUCCCUUGGUGCCAUUACAGGGAAUGCCAACCAUGUUUGGAACUACAUGUGAAAAUAGAAAACGCCGGAAAGAGAAGAGUGUAGGAGAUGAGGAAGACACCCCCAUGAUUUGCAGCAGCAUUGUAAGCACCCCCAUGGGCAUAAUGACUUCAGAUUAUGACCCCAAAUUGCAGAUGCAGGAAGGAGUAAGAAGUGGAUUUGCCUUGGUUGGACAUGAGAACCCUUCUCAUGGUCACUCUGAGCGCUUUGACCCGUGUCGACCCCAGUUGCAAUCUGGAAGCCCAUCUCUUGGGUCAGAGGAGUCUCCUUCAGCCACCGAUUCAGACAAGAUGUCAGACCUAGGUGGCAGGAAACCUCCUGGGAAUGUGAUUUCUGUGAUUCAGCACACAAACUCGCUGAGCCGACCCAAUUCAUUUGAAAGGUCUGAGUCUGCCGAACUCGUGGCUUGUGCACAAGAUAAAGCUUCUUCACCUUCUGAGACUUGUGACAGUGAAAUUUCAGAAGCCCCGGUGAGUCCAGAGUGGGCUGCACAGGGGGAGAGUGCUGAAAGUGGGGGGAAACCAUCCCCUUCGCAGCAGGUACAGCAGCAGUCCUAUCACACACAGCCUAGGUUGGUUCGCCAGCACAACAUUCAAGUCCCUGAGAUUCGUGUGACAGAAGAGCCUGAUAAACCAGAGAAGGAGAAAGAAGCACAGAGUAAGGAACCAGAAAAGCCUGUGGAGGAAUUUCAGUGGCCCCAGAGAAGUGAGACCCUUUCCCAGCUCCCAGCUGAGAAGUUGCCACCUAAAAAGAAGCGUUUGCGACUUGCGGAUAUGGAGCACUCUUCUGGGGAGUCCAGUUUUGAGUCUGCAGGAACCGGCCUCUCUCGCAGCCCCAGUCAAGAAAGCAACUUAUCCCACAGCUCCAGUUUUUCAAUGUCUUUUGAAAGAGAAGAAACCGUUAAGCUUGCUGCACCUCCAAGGCAGGAUGAGUUUGGGAAGCAUUCUGAGUUUCUGACCGUCCCUGCUGGCUCCUACUCGUUGUCUGUCCCUGGUCAUCACCACCAGAAGGAGAUGCGACGCUGCUCAUCCGAGCAGAUGCCUUGUCCUCAUGCAACAGAAGUCCCUGAAAUUCGGAGCAAAUCAUUUGAUUAUGGAAGCCUGUCUCAUGCUCCUGUGGCGGGAGCGCCAGCCUCAACGUUAUCGCCAUCACGAGAGAGGAAGAAAUGCUUCUUGGUUCGGCAAGCUUCCUUCAGCGGUUCCCCAGAGAUUGCCCAGGGUGACACUGGUGUGGAUCAGAGUGUGAAGCAGGAGCAGAUGGAGCACCUGCACGCAGGCCUCAGGUCCACGUGGCACCAUGGCCCGUCUGCUGUGCUUCCUCCCCUGCAAGUGGAAGACCCCGGGAAGCAGGUUGUGGGUCCUUGUGCUCCGCUGAGUACAGGGUCCCUCCACCUGGCCCAACCUCAGAUCAUGCACAUGGACAGUCAGGAAUCUUUAAGAAACCCCUUGAUACAACCCACGUCUUACAUUGCCAACAAGCACUUAUCUGAACAACCACAUUUAUUUCCACAUCAAGAAACAAUUCCAUUUUCUCCGAUUCAGAAUGCCCUGUUUCAGUUUCAAUAUCCUACUGUCUGCAUGGUUCACCUGCCAGCUCAGCAGCCUCCCUGGUGGCAAGCCCAUUUCCCACCUCCCUUUGCUCCACAUCCUCAGAAGAGCUAUGGCAAGCCUUCUUUCCAGUCAGAAAUUCAUCCUAGCUACCCUUUAGAGCACGUUUCAGAGCACACUGGGAAGAAAUCUGCUGAUUACGUACAUGCAAAAGAGCAAACUUACCCAUGUUAUUCAGGAACAUCAGGGCUACACUCGAAGAGCCUUCUUCCAAAGUUCGCCUCAGACCAGAGCACUAAGUCAAUGGAUACUCCUUCUGAGCAGCUCUUUCAAGAAGAUUUUGCCUCGGGAAAUGCUGGGCCUUUACAGUCCUUACCGGGAGCAGUGGUUCCUGUUAGGAUCCAAACCCAUGUACCAUCAUACGGGAGUGUCAUGUAUACAAGCAUUUCUCAGAUCCUUGGGCAGAACAGCCCUGCGAUUGUCAUAUGCAAAGUCGAUGAGAAUAUGACACAAAGAACACUGGUGACCAACGCAGCCAUGCAAGGGAUAGGGCUUAACAUCGCCCAGGUGUUAGGGCAGCAUGCAGGCUUGGAAAAAUACCCCAUUUGGAAAGUACCUCAGACCUUACCCCUUGGCUUAGAAUCCUCAAUCCCGUUGUGUUUACCUUCCACCUCUGACAGUGUUGCCACCCUUGGAGGUAGCAAGCGCAUGCUUUCUCCAGCCAGCAGCUUAGAACUCUUCAUGGAAACAAAGCAGCAGAAAAGGGUGAAAGAGGAAAAGAUGUAUGGACAGAUUGUCGAGGAGCUCAGCGCUGUGGAGCUAACCAACUCCGACAUCAAAAAGGACCUCUCCCACCCACAGAAGCCUCAGUUGGUUCGACAAGGCUGUGCUUCUGAGCCAAAGGAUGGCUCACAGUCGGGGUCGUCUUCCUUCUCCUCACUGUCACCCUCCUCAUCUCAAGACCACCCAUCUACCAGCACGCCCUCGAGGGAGCCAUUCCCACCCAGCAGGGAAAUGCUUCCCAGCUCCCGGGCACCUCCUCUGGGGCAGAGGUCCAGUGGGCCUUCUGAAAGCAAAGAGUCAUCAGAUGAGUUAGAUAUUGAUGAGACGUCAUCUGACAUGAGCCUGAGCCCACAAAGCUCUUCAUUGCCACCAGGGGACAGUCAGCCAGAAGGGCAAGGCAAAAGCCAGAAGCUGCCUGUUGGCAUGCUGGUCCAGAUGGCAUCUGGCCCAAGUGGGAAAGUGGCAAACUCAACUCUACUUUUCACGGAUGCGGCAGAUUUCCAGCAGAUUCUUCAGUUCCCCAGUCUGCGGACAACAACUACAGUGAGUUGGUGCUUCUUGAAUUAUACAAAACCCAAUUACGUACAACAGGCCACCUUCAAAUCCUCAGUGUAUGCUUCAUGGUGCAUUAGUUCCUGUAACCCAAACCCAUCAGGAUUGAACACCAAGACCACUCUGGCGCUUCUGAGGUCCAAGCAAAAAAUGACCACAGAAAUUUAUACUCUGGCUGCUAUGCAUAGACCUGGAACCGGCAAGCUGACAUCAUCAAGUGCUUGGAAACAGUUUGCUCAGAUGAAACCUGAUGCGUCGUUUUCAUUUGGCAGCAAAUUAGAACGGAAACUAGUGGGAAAUAUCUUAAAGGAAAGAGGGAAGGGAGAUAUUCAUGGAGAGAAAGAUAUUGGAUCCAAACAAACUGAGCCAAUCCGAAUUAAAAUUUUUGAAGGAGGGUAUAAAUCAAAUGAAGACUAUGUAUAUGUCAGAGGACGUGGACGUGGGAAGUACAUUUGUGAGGAAUGUGGGAUUCGCUGUAAGAAGCCAAGCAUGUUGAAAAAACAUAUCCGUACUCAUACUGAUGUACGGCCUUAUGUAUGCAAGCUAUGCAACUUCGCCUUCAAAACGAAAGGAAACCUAACGAAGCAUAUGAAAUCUAAAGCACACAUGAAAAAAUGCCUGGAACUGGGAGUCUCAAUGACUUCAGUGGAUGAUACCGAAACUGAGGAAGCAGAAAAUAUGGAAGAUUUGCACAAAGCAACUGAGAAGAAUAGUGUGUCCAGCAUUUCAACUGAUCAUCAGUUCUCAGAUGCCGAGGAAUCGGAUGGUGAAGAUGGAGAUGAUAAUGAUGAUGAUGAUGAAGAUGAUGAUGACUUUGAUGACCAGGGAGAUUUGACACCAAAAACAAGAUCAAGAAGCACCAGUCCCCAGCCUCCUAGAUUCUCUUCCUUGCCCGUGAAUGUUGGCGCUGUACCCCAUGGGGUUCCUUCAGACGGUUCCCUGGGACAUUCUUCAUUGAUCAGUUAUUUGGUUACUUUGCCGAGUAUUCAGGUUACUCAGCUAAUGACACCAAGUGACUCAUGUGAAGAUACCCAGAUGACAGAAUACCAGAGAUUAUUCCAGAGCAAAAGUACAGACUCGGAACCAGACAAAGACAGGUUAGACAUACCUAGCUGUAUGGAAGAAGAGUAUAUGCUGUCUUCAGAGCCUAGCUCCUCGCCGAGGGACUUCUCACCCUCAAGCCGUCAUUCCUCACCAGGAUAUGAUUCUUCACCCUGUCAAGAUAAUUCACCAAAGAGGUAUCUGAUACCCAAAGGAGAUUUAUCACCCAGAAGACAUUUGUCACCUAGGAGAGAUCUGUCACCCAUGAGGCACCUUUCACCAAGAAAAGAAGCUGCAUUGAGAAGAGAGAUGUCACAAGGAGAUGUUUCACCAAGAAGACAUUUGUCCCCAAGGAGACCACUUUCACCUGGGAAAGAUAUCAGUGCAAGGAGAGACCUCUCCCCCAGAAGAGAGAGAAGAUACAUGACCAGCAUAAGGGCACCAUCACCCAGAAGGGCUUUAUACCAUAAUGCGCCAUUGUCCAUGGGGCAGUAUCUGCAAGCAGAGCCAAUUGUAUUGGGGCCUCCUAAUUUAAGAAGAGGAUUACCUCAGGUUCCUUACUUCAGUCUCUAUGGAGACCAAGAAGGUGCUUAUGAACAUCAAGGCUCUAGCCUUUUUCCUGAGGGUCCUAAUGACUAUGUCUUCAGUCAUCUUCCACUCCACUCUCAGCAACAAGUGCGAGCUCCUAUUCCCAUGGUGCCAGUUGGUGGGAUCCAAAUGGUUCACUCCAUGCCGCCAUCCCUUUCCGGUUUACAUCCUCCACCCACCUUGCCCCUGCCAGUGGAGGGCUCUGAGGAGAAGAAAAGGGCUUCAGGGGAGUCCUUCACUAAGGAUCCCUAUGUUAUUUCUAAGCAGCAUGAGAAACGAUCUCCCCACGUCUUGCAGUCAUCUGGUCCACCUAGCACUCCCUCCUCUCCUCUGCUAUUGAUGAAACAGAGCACUUCAGAAGACAGCCUAAAUGCAACAGAGAGGGAACAGGAGGAAAAUAUCCAGACUUGUACAAAAGCCAUUGCCUCUCUCCGGAUUGCCACAGAAGAGGCCGCUCUGCUUGGGACGGAUCAGCCGGUGCGGGUGCAGGAGCCCCAACAGAAACCCUUGGAAAGUGCACAUGCUAGCAUUAGACACUUUAGUGGACCUGAGCCAGGUCAGCCCUGUACCUCAGCAACCCACCCUGACCUGCAUGAUGGUGAAAAGGACAGUUUUGGUACAUCACAGACCGCAUUAGCUCAUUCCACAUUUUAUAGCAAGAGUUGUGUGGAUGACAAACAGGUGGGCUUUCAGAGCAGCAACGAAUUAUCUUCAAGCACAGAGGAAGGCAAUGAACCUUCAUCAGAAAAGAGUAAACUACAUUGAUCUAAGAUGCAUGGAGACUUUCAUUUACACAUUUUCCCAUUUUUUUUGUUUUGUUUUUCUAGAAAUAGAGGUAAACAAGUUGAUAGCAUGCCUGUCCUAAGUUACAGUAGUUUGCUCUUAUAUAUACUUUUGUUAUAUCAAAAGAAUUAGGUAAAAUAACAAGUCAUCAUGAGCCUGACCAAAACAAAAUUUGAAAUUAACCUACUGGGUCUGGUACUUUUAAAAUUGUACAGAUGUUUGUGCCUUUUCUUUACUUUGCUUAUAUUCUUAUAAGCAUUUUUUAGCAGUAAUUUGUACAUAUUUUAGAAUUUGUGUAUCUGCUUUGUAAUAAAUGUAAUUUCUUUCCCUUUUUGGACACUUGGAUCUAAAUGAUGUAAAGAAAACAGCAUCAAUAUAUAUGUGAGGUUGCACUAAAACAUAUUUUUAUAUGAUUAAAACUGAACAGCUUUUAUGUACAGCUCUGAUUCUGUAAUACUAAUAUUUAUUUACUUUGUUUCAUAAAUUGUACAUUUUUUCUUAAUGUUGUGGAUUGCUUUUCUAUGUGAAGCAUGGGAUUUACUGUUGCGUAACUAGAACAAAAAAUGUAUAUUGUAAACAAGAUAUUUAAACUAGAGUAUCUUAUUCUGCACUUACGCAUUAGUUAAAAAAAAAAAAAAGAUAAAGGA